UAAAAACAAUAUGUGGGACCCACAUAUAUUUAGUACCCCAAUUUUAUACCUUUCAUAGACCUUCAAAUUUGAGGUAAAAGAUAGAGUACAUCACAAUUCACAAGUCUAAAUCUAAAAAAGAAACCCCAAAACUCACACAAAAUCCCCAAAAACCAAACACUUUUUUGCUCUCUCUAUGUAUACAUAUACAUAUCUCUUUCUCUCUCUAUCUCUCCAUAUGCGAUGAGAAUGAAGGAGAAGAAUCUAAGCUUUUGAUCGCCAAAACAAAUCCAUGGAGAAGAAGGACGGAAAGCACACCAUAAACAGCCCAAUGGGUGACUCGGCAUUUUCCGAUCAGAUUCCGGCGAGCAUCUUCGACCUCCCGCCGGCGUUCUCCGACGAUCAGCACCCCUUUUCGUUCCUGGACAUGCUCUCCGACUCCCAAGACGACUUCUGCACCAUUUUCGACCUCCUCGAAACCCUGCCGCCGCCCUUGUUUCCUCCGCCGCCGCCGCCGGUGCCCGCGUGGCCGGAGGCGGCGAACACUCCGGUGACCCCGAACUCGUCGUCCUUAUCCUCCUCAUCUAAUGACGCUCCGAUGAAAAUUGCUGAUGAAGUUGAUCAAGAUCAUCAAGACCAAAAUCAGCUUCUGGUGAUACCCAAAAAGAAGGUUGGGAAGAGGCAAAGAGAGCCAAGAUAUGCGUUCAUGACAAAGAGUGAAAUAGAUCACUUGGAUGAUGGGUAUAGAUGGAGAAAGUAUGGCCAAAAAGCAGUAAAAAACAGCCCCUUUCCAAGGAGCUACUACCGUUGCACAACGACUGGUUGUGGUGUGAAGAAGAGGAUAGAGAGGUUGUUGGAGGAUUCAGGGAUUGUUGUCACAACAUAUGAGGGAAUGCACAAACACCCGUGCCCCAUUACGCCUCGUAGUCACAUUGCGAAUAUGCCAAAGACUGCAGCCAUACUAGCCUUGUUCCCUUCCAUUGCCUUUCUUGUUUCUGCAUGCGUGUGCAUUGCUGCUGGCUAAUUAUUAUAGUUAUAUAGAUAGGACAUAGUUGCUUCGAAACUUAAAAAAUUAAACCAACUCAAUAAGAAAUUAAAAUUUGUAAUAAUAUUUAGGUCCAUGA